GAGGCGUGCCGCCCGCGCGCGCCGCGGUGCUGGUCGGGCGCGGCGGGCGCCGGCUGCUUCGCGUCGCCCUGGGCGCCGAGGCUCGCAUCGGAUGUGAGAGGUGACGGUCAGCAGGCCCGGCCAGCGGCGCUCGCCGAGCCGGGCGAGGGGCCCGCGGCGGCGCCCGCGUGGCUGGCGGGCGGCGCGGCGGCUUGCGCGCUCGCCGUGGCGCUGACCGCGAGGCCGCGCCGGCGGGCCGGCACGGCGGUGUCCCGCGCCGUGCUGAAGCAGCUGAGCCGCUCAGGACAGCUCGUGAAGGGCAUCGUGGCGCAGGCGGUGACGAUCAGCGGCGUCGUCGGGGGUGAAGCGGAGAAGAACGCCAACGGCGAGUUCGUGCAGGCGGCGACUCUGUACAACGGGAAGCGGCACUGGCAGAAAAAGGACGAUGCCGAGGUGUGGCUUCUGUACAUCAAGAACAGGUGGUGGGUGACCGACACGGCUGACAAGGACGCCGAGGCAUCCUCCGGUUGGGUCUGCUCCGAGACGACGGAGAAGCGCUAUCCGUUCGACGUUACCACUUGGGAGGCCUACGUCAACGACGAAUGGGUCGUCCAGAGCUCCAUCUCCGUGGCCGACUCGGAGGCCGAGCCAGCGGCAGCGGGCGAGGCUGCAUCCUCAGACGACGGGUUGGUCACUACCACGCUCCCGGACGGCACUGUGAGAUUCAAGGCUAAAGCCACGACUGACGGGUCGGUGGUGACUGCGGUUCCAGACGGCACGGUGAGGUCCAAGGCUGGGGCCAACGCGGAGGCUGGAGGCGCCGCGCCGCGACGCGUCUCUGCACGCCGGCGCCGCCGGCUCUGGCAGCCGUCGCCGGCGUCGUCGCCAGCCGCGGCGUGGGCGUCGGCGUCGGCGUCGGCGUUGUCGGCGUCGCCGUCGCCGUCGCCGUGUUCGUCGGCGUCGGCGCAUCGUCGUCGCCGUCGUCGAGGAAGACUGAUCCAGGCUUGACUUUUGAAUCACGAGGAUCGGAGGUUGGGGGGUGGGAUC